AUGAAGUCAGUUGUCAAUAGUGUUAACGCGAAAGUUAAUAAAUUUCCAGGCAUGACUGAGUUGUCAAAGAAAAUCGCAUUGAGUCGAGCGAUAACGUCGAUGCGAAAACUUUUUCCGGACGAAUAUGAAUUCUAUCCGAGAAGUUGGUUCAUUCCGACGCAAUUCGACGAAUUCUGUGAAUAUUGUGGGAGUCGAGAGGCGAUCAAUAGUGAUGACAUUGAUCACAAUCAACAAGCCCCAGUGAAUUGGUACAUCGUUAAACCCGAUGAUGGAGCUCAAGGUAGCGGUAUAUACCUGAUAAACUCUCCGUCACAACUGAAAGAUGUAACAACAAAGCAACUCAUUCAAGAAUAUGUUUCUGAUCCAUAUCUGAUGAGCGAUUUGUUGAAAUUUGAUUUUCGAGUGUAUGCGGUCAUUAAAAGUAUCAAUCCAUUAUCGAUAUAUGUUGCAAGAGAAGGAAUGGCCAGAUUCUGUACUGAGCGAUACCAUCGACCUACUACAUCAAAUUCUAACAAUUUGUAUGCACAUUUGACAAACUAUUCUUUGAACAAAGCCAAUGACCAUUAUAUUCACAGCAAUUCACUGCAAGAUCAACUCAGAGGCAGUAAACGUCUGUUGUCGACUGUAUUUCGUCAAAUGGAAGUACGAGGCGUCAAGACGAAACGUCUCUGGCAUGACAUCAAGCUGAUCAUCGUUAAGACAAUACUGGCAAUGGUGCCUGAGAUUAUGCUGUGCUACGAGCACUAUUUCUUUGAUGCACCCGGUCCACAAUGCUUCCAAAUAAUGGGGUUCGAUAUAUUGGUAACACGACAGUUGGAUCCGAUUCUUUUGGAAGUCAACUCAGCCCCAAGUCUUACUAUUGAGCAUUCACUACCAGUGAAUCAGGAGGAUGACCUAGAAAACAUUGAACCUCAGAAAAUUCGUUCUGUUGUCGACGAGAUAAUCAAAAUCCCUCUUGUAAUGGACACUAUCCUGCUGGUUUUGAAUAUAUUCGAUGACGUGUACAACGAACCGCGUAUCAGUACAGGGAACGUUCUCUCGGAUGUGAUAAAUCAUGAGAAGAAACCAACUGACGACAACAGGUUGACGUUGAACACAAAGAAGAAAUCGCGUCUUUCAGAGGUAUUCGAAGAGACUUUUCAGAUAUUCCCGUGUCGAUAUGGUCAGUGCAGUGGUCAUUUGCUGUUUCUCGAUAAAGCCGUCUACCUGUUCAUGCAAUUCGUUAACUUGAAACAAACAUCCUUCAUGACUAUUUCUGGUGCUAGAACGUUGAUCAAGAAGUGUAAUUUAACAAACGUGAUCAGCACAGCAGAACUGGAACGUAAAUUCAUUGAAGUUUACUAUCAUUUCACUGGUGAACAGUGGACAACUGGUGCAUGCGGUGAAUUGAAAAUUUCUAGUUGUGUGGAGAUCUACUUAUUGCCGGCACGACUGAAGGAGAGACGAUUAAGUCGCUACCAGACACGUUCACGGAAUGACGCAGGUCGGAAAGGGCGUUCCAGAUAUUCGCAUUCUCUGCCGAGAAACAUCAACCUAUCGAGUGCUGCCGGCAAGAACAUGCAGUCGGAUGCGACUACUGAAACUGCGAAACGUUCCAAAGUGGAUCGUUUCGUUUUGCCCAAAAUCAGACCGCCUUUUUAUGUUUAA